AUGUCAACAGAAUUGGAUGGCUUGAAAUCAGAAGUUAAUGAGUAAAAUAAUUUUAUGAUUCCUAGUUUAAAAGAAAUGGUUGAGAUGCUUGAAAGUGAUAAUUAAAGUAAGGAUGAGGAAAUAAAGCUGAUUAAGGCAAAUCUCCAAAAAAAAGAUUAAGAAAUUGCAUCUCUUAAAAUUAAACUAGUAGGCAUGGAUUCAAAUAAUAGUCAAAUGGAUCAUAAUUAAAAUUAGAUAGAACAAUUUUAAAGUUAGAUAGCAGUGCUUUAAUAAUAAUUAUCUGAACUAAAAAAUCAAAUAGAUGACAAGAAUUUGGAAAUUGAAGUGCUAAAACAUGAUCAUUAAGAAGAAUUGAAAAAUUUGAUUACUUAGAAGUAAGAAAUACCUGAUAAUAACCAAACUGAUGGAGAAAUAGAAAAAUUAUAAAACAUUAUCUCUUAGCUUCAACAAGAUAAAAGUGAAUUAACAAUUUAGUAUUAUUGA